AUGCGUACUACUAAACAGAAUCAACCAAUUGUUGUAACAGGUGAAUCAGGAGCCGGUAAAACAGAAUCAGCUAAAUAUGUUUUACAAUAUUUGAGUAAAUCUUAUCAUGCUUGUAAUGCUUCAAUUAAAGAUCGUUUGAUAAAAUCAAAUCUGCUACUAGAAGCAUUUGGAAAUACUAAAACAAUACAUAAUAAUAACUCAAGUCGUUUUGGUGAAAUUAUGGAAGUUCAUUUUGAUGAAGAAUAUACAAUUGUUGGUGGUAGUAUAACAUAUUAUUUAUUUGAAAAAACUCGUGUAUGUGUGCAAUCAACAGAUGAAAAAAAUUUUCAUAUAUUCUAUUAUCUAUGCGUUGAUGCUCCAGCACGUAUUCGAAAAAGCUUGCAAUUAAACUCACCCGAUACUUAUCAUCAUCUCAAUCAAGAUUGCUCACAAACAAAACAAUUAACCAAAAGUUAUCCUCAAGAUACUGAUUUUAAAUGUGAACAACUUGUUUCUAAUCUAAAACUGAAUGAUACAAAUGAUUUUAUUAAAUAUGAUCAAAUAAUGAAUGAUAUUGCUAUUUCACAAGAAGAUAAAUUGAAUAUCUAUAGUAUUCUUGCUGGUAUUCUUCAUCUUGGUAAUAUUAAUUUUGAAGAUGAUUCUGAAAGUACACAAAAUGGAUGCAAAAUAAUAUCAACAAGUGAACAAGCAUUAAUAGUGACAGCUCAAAUGCUUCAUGUCGAUGUUCACGAUCUUUGGAAUGUAAUAUUAGCAAGAAUUUCAAUGAUGAAAAAUACUAUUAUUUCUGUUCCAUUAACAGUUCAUACAGCAGAACAUGUUCGUGAUAAACUAGCAAAAACAAUUUAUGCUCGAUUAUUUAAUCAACUAGUUGCUUAUGUUAACACAUCAAUAUCAUUUAAAUCAUCAACAUCACACAUUAGUAUUAUAGAUACAAUUGGUUUUGAAAAUUAUCCUAUAAAUUCAUUUGAACAAUUUUGUAUAAAUUACUGUAAUGAAAAAAUACAACAGGUUUUUAAUGAACAUUUAUUUGAAACAGCACGAUUGUUAUUUGAAGAAGAAGGUAUCGGUUUGAAUAAAAUUGAUUAUACUGAUAAUCAAGAUUGUAUAAAUUUGUUUGAAGAUCAAAUCACAGGUUGGUUUCAUCUAUUAGAUGAAGAGAGUAACGUAACUGAACAACAAUCAAAUCAAUCUACACACGACAUUUUUCAUGGAAAUCCAAAUCAUUCUAUGAUUUCACCAAAAUUAGAUUUACCUGCAGCCUCUAUUAUUCAUCAUAAUGAAGUAUUUCUUGUCGAACAUUAUUCGGGUAAUGCGGUUUAUUCAACAAGCGAAUUUAUUGACAAAAACAAUGAUAUAUUAUUGGAUUCUUUCAUUAUCUUCGUUCGAAAAUCCAAAAAUGAAUUUGUUAAAAAUCUCUUCGAUGAAAUAUUCGUUGAACAGUCCAAGGACAAUAUUAAUUAUUUAUCUGUUGGUACAAAAGUUCGUUCAGAAAUGACUGAUAUUAUAAAUAAAGUGAAAGGAAGUGUUGUGCAUUUUAUAACAUGUAUCAAACCAAAUGUUAAAAUGAUUUCCAAUGAAUUUCAACAGGAUCAAAUUCGAAGUCAACUAAAAAAACUUGAUCUAUUCAAUGAUGAUGAUGAGAUGAUGAUGAUGAAUGAAACUGCUGCCACUUUAAAUUCAUCGUCAAAAAUAAAUAUUCUUCAAGAAAUCAAUAGUUUGCCCAUGGUUGAUAAUGAAACACACGUAUUUAAUGAUCUUUGUGAUGAACAAUUAUCAUUUACUAGAAAUGAUAGUCAACCAAUAUGGUGUUUAUUUAAUGGAACAGGAAAUGAUUUAAUUGUCGAUUAUUUAGGUGGUUUUGAAGAGUUUGAUGGAAAUAUAUCAUCGACAUCAAUCAAUAUAAAACACAAUGAAUUUAUUCAGUUACUUGUUAAAUAUCAAUUAUCUGCUAAAAUUGGAGAUGUUGUUAAGACUAUUAAUUUAAAUCGAUCGUGUAAACGUGUUUAUGAUUUAAGUCCAUCAACAAAUCAAAAUCGGCCAAUACAAAUGCUUUGUGAUGUUCAAAUAAGAAAUGAUCGUCGACAUGUAAUUUUUAGGUCGCUUGUAAAAAUUUACAAUAAUACAACUGUACCACUAAGUGUAAUAAGCGUUGAUCUAGUUGCUACUGAACAGAAUCAUAAAAUUGCAACAAUCGAAGAUAAUGAUCAAUAUUUUGUACCAACUGAUUUACUUUAUACAUAUUCAAGUUCACAAAUAUAUAUUGCUGUUCAUGGAGAUGAGAACAAUAUAGAAACCAAUAAUUGUUGUUCAAUUGAUUGGGAAAACAAACCAACAAUGGAAACAACAUUAAAAUUAAAAGACGGAACUGAAGUACAUCUUACAAUUAUUACAGAAUUAAAUGCUGCUUAUAUGGAAAACACCGAUCAACUUGAUCAUACUUGCUUUAACAUUUAUAUUCAUCCAACUUUUUGUUUAAUAAAUCUAUUACCAAUUGACAUUAAAUAUUUAUUUGACAUUGACAAAGAAAUUGAUUUAAAAUCAAAUCAAUCAUGUUCAAUGAUAUCUGCUAACAGAAAUUCGACAUUAACUUUUAUUAUUCCAUCAUAUGAUAAUGCAAGAUGGAUAUCAGAUGCAAUUGAUUUGAAACUUGAAAGAACUAAUGAUCAUUACGAGUAUCUUGUCCUAUUUCAUUAUGCUACUUCUCCAAAUCUUGAAAAAACAUUGAGAAUGAUUCUACGUGUUGAUACAAUUCAUAAAUCGCAUCGUUUAUCAUUAUAUUCAUCAUUUUGGAUUUUUAAUUAUAUAGAUUUAAAACUUGAACUCCAGAUUGAAAAUAAUCGAACAUUUAUUGAUGUUGCUCAAACGCCAGUUUUAGUUUGUCCGGAAAGAUUUGAAAGUGAAACAAAUAGAAAAGGUCAACUUCGUCUCUAUGGUAUUGACCAAGGGGAUACAACGACAGAUUGGUCAGAAAAAUUUUCACUUGAUGUUAUCAGACGUAUUGGCGUGGUUUCUUGUGAAGUACCGAAUGAUCGAAAAUAUAUGAUUUGCAUGGAUGUUGCAACAGGUCCAUCUAGUUUAGUCAAGAUCAUUGAGUUUUCACCAUUGUUAGUCAUUAUUAAUAAAUCAAUUAUUGCAAUUGAGAUAGUAGAAGCAGUGUCAGACAAAGAACAGAAUCAAUGGAUUUCAGUAAAUCCUGAACAAACAAUUCCAUUUUGGCCACGUAAUAUGAAAGAUGGUGUAAUGCGUGUUCGUUACACAUUUAAUCAUGUUACAUCAAGUCCAUUUACGAUGACUCCAACCUACAGAACACUUCUGCGGAUGGACUAUGAAGAACAUCCAGCUCUUUGUGUCGAAGUAACAACAAAUGGUCAGGGUCGUAUAACAGUUAUUUUCGAAGAUUAUGAAGUUGAUGAUACACCACUUGUUAAUUGUGAAAAAACUAAUUCCUCUUCAUUGUGA